ACAACCCCAGACCGCGCCUGGCGUGAUCCCCUAUCUCCUCCCCAUGGCAACGGCUGAGCCGCCUCGUCCAGCCACCGGGCUGUCAGAGCGCCCGACGUCACGGUGUCACGUGCCCGGCUCGACCCACGUGGUCAGGGGGAAAGCGUGCGCCCCGCGCUCCUCCCCCUCUCCUCCCAGGUCAGUUGUGGCAGAGUUCGGAGCAGGCUGGAGGUGUACAUGACACCGGCUGGGGGUCGCUGAACCAUGCUGCGCCAUGACGGCAGGAAGGUGGCCAGGAAGUCCUCUCUGGACGGGCAGUGCUGGGAGGAAGCGGAGGCUCGAGGCAGACUGUUCGCCAGUAAGAGCCUGCACAGAGGGGAGAGCUCCAGGAGGAGCACCGAGUCUGAAGUCUAUGAUGAUGGGACCAACACUUUCUUCUGGAGAGCUCACACUUUAACAGUGCUUUUUAUCCUGACGUGCUCCUUGGUAUACGUCACAUUACUUGAAGAGACUCCCCAAGACACAGCCUACAAUACAAAAAGAGGAAUAGUGGCCAGCAUACUGGUGUUUCUAUGCUUUGGUGUCACACAAGCAAAAGAUGGACCAUUUUCAAGACCACAUCCAGCUUACUGGAGAUUCUGGCUCUGUGUAAGUGUGGUGUAUGAGCUGUUCCUCAUCUUCAUUCUUUUUCAGACUGUACAUGAUGGGAGGCAGUUCAUGAAGUAUAUUGACCCCAAAUUGGGUGUUCCUCUCCCAGAAAGAGGUUAUGGUGGAAAUUGCCUUAUCUAUGACCCUGGCAAUAAGACUGACCCUUUUCACAAUUUAUGGGAUAAGGUGGAUGGAUUUGUACCUGCUCAUUUUCUUGGUUGGUACAUAAAAACACUAAUGAUAAGAGACUGGUGGAUGUGUAUGAUGAUCAGUGUGAUGUUUGAGUUCCUGGAAUACAGCCUGGAGCACCAGCUGCCCAAUUUUAGUGAAUGCUGGUGGGAUCAUUGGAUAAUGGACGUUUUGGUUUGUAAUGGAUUUGGAAUUUACUGUGGUAUGAAGACCCUUAAGUGGCUGUCUAUGAAACCUUAUAAAUGGCAGGGCCUGUGGAACAUUCUAUCAUACAGAGGCAAAAUGAAGAGAAUUGCCUUCCAGUUCACGCCCUAUAGUUGGGUAAAGUUUGAAUGGAAGCCGGCUUCGAACCUGCGAAGAUGGUUGGCAGUUUGCGGUAUUAUAUCUGUAUUUUUACUGGCAGAACUAAAUACAUUUUACCUAAAGUUCGUCCUGUGGAUGCCUCCAGAACACUAUCUGGUCUUGUUGCGGCUGAUCUUUUUUGUGAACGUGGGAGGUGUUGCCAUGAGAGAGAUCUAUGACUUCAUGGAUGACUUGAAGCUCCACAAAAAGUUGGGCCAGCAGGCAUGGAUGGUGGCUGCUAUCACCGUCACAGAAUUCCUCAUAGUGGUAAAAUACGACCCUUACACCUUAACACUACCCUUACCAUCCCAUGUAACGCGGUGUUGGAUUCUGGGUAUAGUUCUUGUCCUCCUGUGGACGGCAUGGCGUUUCUUUAUCAGAGACAUUACACUACGCUGCAAAGAAAUCCGUCGGCAGAGACAAGAGUACAGAGUGGACGAUGAUACGUUACAGAGGAACGGUGAUGCAAAUACCGAAAGGAACUUGCCUAAACCCAAAAACCAAUGAGGUUCGCCAUACCAACUAUCCCACGCUCUGUCUUUCCACCCUACCCACCGUUACUGAACAUGAAUUGUACUUUUUAUAUUUUAAUGUAUUGGAUACUUCUGCUAUUUAAAAA